GCCAUGAGUGCAGAGCGCCUAGCGGCGCAGCAGCUCAGCGAGGCGGGGGCCCAGCUGGCACCCACGCUAACGGCGCAGCACCUGCCAGCCAACGCGUCCAAGACCCACUUCUUGGCCAGCACCCCCUGCCGCGGCGCGAGGGCUGAAGGACAGGCGGCAGCGCCGUGGCUGGCGCAGGUGGCAGGUGUUCGUGUCGACGCUGUCUUCAAAGCUGGGCCGCCCUCCGGCUUCCUCUGGGGGAGGGCCGUCGUCGGCAUCCCAGACGGCGACCUGCGCUGCAUGCGCAUCGCAGCGCGCAGGAGCGCAGAGCGACUGCCCAACGGGGCGUCUUUGCGGCUGGGGCUGCGCGCGGCCGAAGCGCUGCGCGGCAGGGACCUCGGCCCCGAGGUUCUGGCGGUGGGCAAGGCCGCGUCGAUGGCGCCGGCGGCCCCGCAGAGCGGCGCCGUCUCGCAGUCCGCAUUCGUUGCGGAGGUGAACCGAGCUACCAUCGGCCAGCGUGCGGCGACGGCCCCGUGGGCGCAAUGCAGAGCGCCCAUCGACGCACUCAUCCUCGCGCUCGGCCGCAUCGGCUGGGGCGCGGGGCCGACCUCGGAGACGCGGGAGCUGGGCCGCCAUGCCAGUGGGCGACAUGGCCGCCCGCUCUUCUGGGGCGCCAUCGGGGAGUUGAUCGGGCCUUGCGGCCCACUGGGCCGCAGCGAGAAGGCGGCCUUCGCGUCCGUCUUCGCGAGCGCCCACUGGCCGCAGCAGCGCCUCGUGGUGGCCAAGGAGCGCGACCGCGGGAGCUGCCUCCUCUGCAGCGCGGUCAUUGGCACGCUCUUCCACCGCUUGUUCGGGUGCCCUGCGCUGGAGGUCAGCGAGAACGGCAUCUUGGAGGCCACCUGUCAUGGCACCGCGCGGGCCGACCUGUGCCCGCAGCGGACGGCCACGGGCGCCGAGGACUUCGCGUGCUGGGUGCUGACCGAGGUCGCUGGGCUAGGGCGCCGCGUCCUGCGCGUGGACUGUGCCUCCACGGUAUCUUGCCUUAGGUCCUUCGCAGUCUUCGGGCCUGAGGACUACGAGGUCCGCAAGGUGCAGCCCCGCCUGACAUGGGAGCAGGUGCUGGAGGGCCGCGUCUCGGAGCUGGAUGCGUGGCAACAGGACCUCAUGGUUGAAGCAGAGAGAGGAGCUCGGCGUGCGUCGGACAGGCGGGAGUUGGGCCGCCAUGCCGAGGGCGGGCGUCAUCGCCACCCGAUUUUGUGGGACGCAAUUAGGGAGUUGAUCGGACCCCGCGACUCCAUGGGCCCCAGGGAGAAGGCGGCCUUCGUGUCCGUCCUCGCGAACGCCCACUGGCCGCAGCAGCGCUUCCUGGCGGCCAAGGAGCGCGACCGCGGGAGCUGCCUCCUCUGCGUCGCGAGCAAUGGCACGCUCUCCCACCGCUUGUUCGGGUGCCCUGCGCUGGAGGCCGUCAGGAAAGACAGCUGCUCGGCGCGCCUGAAGCGGCGCGCGCAGCGUGCGAGGCAGCCCGGGGAGGCGGCAGCGAAGGACUCCGCCCGCCAUUGGCUGCCAGCUCCAAUGCUUCGCCCUCCUGGUCCGGGCAGCGACAUGGCGAUCCGCUGUUUCCGCAAACCUGACGAUGGCUUCCUUCGUGGGCGCUCGUUCCUGGGUGGGUCCGCGCUGGGGCCGACGCACGCAGCGACCCGCCGCGCAGGCUGGGCGAUCUGUCAGGUCAGCGAGAACGGCAUAUUGGAGGCCGCUUGCCACGGCACCGCGCGGGCCGACCUAUGCCCGCAGCGGGCGGCCAUUAAUGCCGAGCUCUUCGCGUGCCGGAUGCUGACCGAGGUCGCUGGGCUAGGGCGCCGCGUGCCGCGCGUUGACUGCGCCUUCGCGGUCUCCUGCCUGAGGCGCGGGCUGCAGUGCGCCAUCGGCGCUGGGCGACCUGGCGCCCGCCUCUGGAGCAGGUUUUUCGUUGUCUUCGGGCCUGGGGAUUACGAGGUCCGCAAGGUGCCAGCCCGCCUGGCGUGGGCGCAGGUGCAGGAGGGCCGCGUCUUGGAGCUGAAGUGGCGCGGCAGCAGGGCCUGCCUGAGGGGCAGGAUGGGGAGACGGCCCGUCGCGGCGUUCGACGGCGACCCGAGCAGCCGCCCCGCCGAGGCGGCGGCCACAGGGUCGGCGCCCAAGCGGGAGCGUUCCACGGCAUCCGCGGCGACGGCCCUCGGCCUCGGAGCGGGGCCGCCCAUCGUGCUGGGGCGCUGCCUGCGCUGCGCCUUGGCCGACGGCGCGGGCGAGGGCACCGCUGAGCGCCUGGUCAGCUGCAGUCGCUGCGGUGCCGACGCCGACGUCGACGGAGGGCGCAGAGGCAAGGAGAAGGCCAUCAGGGGCCCUGAUGGCCUUCGCCAGCUGGACAUCGCCAGCGAGCUGCGGGGCGACAUCCUGGCCUGGUUCGGCGCGCUGCCCGAGGAGGCGGCGCCUGCGGCGCCCGUCGGACCCGCUGGCCGCGAGGGCGGCGGGGGAGGGGCAGCCACCUCCUGCGCGUCGUGCUCGUCGCCAGAGGGCGGGCCGCAGGCAGCCGCCGGCCCUGUGCGUGGAGGUCCGCGCGGAGCCGCUCAUGGACGUCCAGCGGCGGCCGUGGCGUCCAGCGGAUCGGCCGCGGCGGCGAUCAGCCGCCCAGAGGCCACGCAGGCGCGCGGCCUGGACGAGGCUGGCAUGGCCGACUGGGCGGGCGAG